CUUGAGUUACCACAAAUUGGUAAAGGAAUCAAAUUGUUGUGUUCAGUAUAUAAAGAUCGGAGACACCCGGUUUCUGCAAUCUCUAGUGAGGGCUACCUGGACCGUUGCAACGAAGUUUGAUUUUCGUAGUUCUUCUUGAUCAGCUGAGACGAAUAUGGCGAAUGCAAACUUCCUCGACUUCCAAUACAACCUCUCAAAGAGGAAGUUUCUGCGCAAACCAUCUCAGAUGUUUUCCUUUCGAGACAGGCAAAACUCCGGCAUAGCACCUACUUUCGAGCCAAAUCCCAAUGAGAUGAAGAAAGUAUUUGAAAAGUUCGACUCCAACAAAGAUGGGAAGAUAUCUCAGGCGGAGUACAAGGCGAUACUGAGAGCACUGGGAAAGGGAAACAUGAUUGGAGAAGUGCCGAAGAUUUUCAAGAUUGUUGAUCUGGAUGGGGAUGACUUUAUCAGUUUCAAGGAGUUCAUGGAAGUACACAAGAAGGGAGGGAUUCGAACGAUGGACAUCCAGGAUGCUUUUCGGACGUUUGAUUUGAACGGCGAUGGAAAGAUUAGUGCAGAAGAAGUUAUGGAAGUGCUGAGGAGGUUGGGGGAGAGGUGCAACCUUGAAGACUGCCGGCGGAUGGUGAGAGCGGUUGACACUGAUGGGGAUGGUAUGGUUGACCUAGAUGAGUUCAUGAACAUGAUGACUCGUUCCAUGAGACCAGCAUAGAGCAAUAGAGACCUAAUUUCAUUUGUGUUUGUGUGUGUUUAUGUAAAUCCAUGUGAAGCACUUUUGUGUGGAAUUUGCCUUGUAUGGUGAAUGGCAGUAGCAUAAUUUGAGAUUACGUUGUUUCCCAAAGACAA